CAACCAAAAGAAAAGUGGCACCCAAACAAACAUGUACAUCAUCAUGCUCUUUCUCUAUUCAUUUUCAUGCUCCAUUCUUUAUUUUUUACCUACUGCCUCAAGCUCCUUUGUUCUCCAUAAAGCAAGCCACUUAUUUCAACUCCAAGUUUCUCCUUAUACCUCUCUCUCUCUCACUCUCACUCUCACACACACAUUGCUUGUUCCUCAAUUCAUGGAUUGAUCAAACAAAUGUCUUCAACCUACAUGUUAAUCUAGUAGUAUACAUAAUGGAUUGAUCGAACAUCAUGUUAUCAUUCAUUCUACUAGGGUGCAGGAAUUGGAUAAUUUAAUGGUUCAACAUUGAUGAACAGACAUUCAAGGCAAAAACAUUGAUUAGAAUGGAUUCAUUCAAUCAGAGUCAUCAAAACAACAACUUUAGGUACAAUCCAAAUUUGAAUAGAGCUACCCAAUUAGAUGAUGAAGAUGAAGCAGAGUUCACAGGUCUUCUUGAUGUCUAUGUUCAUCAUGCUAGAAACAUUCAUAACAUUUGCAUCUAUGAUAAUCAAGAUGUAUAUGCUAAAUUCUCCCUUACUUACAACCCUGAUGAAACUCUUUCUACAAGAAUAAUCAAUGGAGGUGGAAAAAAUCCAACAUUCAAUGAAAACUUGAGGAUGAAGAUAACUCAAAUAGAUGCUGUUAUGAAAUGUGAAAUUUGGAUGUUUAGUAGAGCAAGAAUUCACAUGGAGGAUCAACUUUUAGGGUUUGCUUUGGUUCCAAUUUCACAAAUUGUUGGAAAAGGAAAAGUAACUCAAGACUAUAGCCUUUCUUCAACUGAUCUUUUUCAUUCUCCAGCUGGAACUGUUCAAUUAACAUUAUCUUUAGACACAUCUUUGGUAUCAGAAUCAACAAAUAGUUCGUCGAUAUCGUCGGAAGUUAUUUUGCUUGAUAGAAAGAUAUCUGAAGUUAUGUUGGAUCCAAUUGAGUAUUCAAGAAUUGAAUUUCCUGACAUAAGUGUUGUUAAGGAGAAUCAACAAAUGGUUUCUCAAUACUUCAAUCUUGCUUGUGCCUCAAGUAACAACAAUUCAAGAAAGUUGCUACCAUUUCUCCAUCUUGGUGCUUCUCAUCAAUUUGAUGAUUAUGAAAUGAUGACUAUGAGUUCGCCAGAUGAGAAUCAGGUGGAUUCGAUCUCUCCCAAUGAAAGCCUUCACAAUUCCGGUUUGGUAAGCUCUACUAUCACAAGCUUAAGCGACGAUAGAAACUCUGCAGACUCGUUUGAGAAAAAGAAUCAUCUAGGAUGUGAUUCAACCAAGUUUGUUACUCUUUGUCCCGAUACACCAACUUCAAAGAAAGAAGGUGAAUCAAAAGAUGAUGAGAAAGAAGAAAAAUUCGCAAACAAAGACAAGGAAUGCAAGAAGGAAAGGAGCAUAGAAGUAACAAAGUUUGGACAAGUUUUUAAUUCUCCAUUAGGGAAUAUUAAUCUUGAAGCUGAGGAAUGUGCUAUGCAGAAGCAAAUAGUGGAUAUGUAUAUGAGGAGCAUGCAACAGUUUACCGAGUCCUUGGCGAAAAUGAAGCUUCCUAUGGACGUUGACAAACCCGAAAGACAAGAUCAUAGCGGUGAUGUGAUUUCAAAUCAUGAGAACAAGAAGUUAGAAAUUGACAAUAAGAAAAAGGAUGGUUCGCGUGUGUUUUAUGGUAGUAGAGCGUUUUUCUAAUCAUAAAUUUUAAAUUGCGGUAUGCAACUAUAGCUGCGGACAAAAUGUAAAGGAUUUAUAAGGUUCUGCAACCACUUAGCGGGUGUAAUUGUGGUUGCAUCGGUCACAUUUUUUCACAAUAUCAAGGAUCACAAUGUAGCUGCAAUAACAAUUUGAAUGCUGAAAAAAUAUCAAGAAAUGAGCUUAUGAGAGUUUAACUUAUGAUAGCAUCAUGUGCUUUUGUUUCUAUAGAAAUGUCUUUAUCUUUUUAACUUUGUGACUAUGUGUACCCAACAAAAAAAGCUUCUUCAGUAUGUGGAUUUUUCUGUAAUGUAGUAAUUGUAACAAAGGCAUUGAUUAAAGGAUGCUUUUUGGAUUAAUGUAAUUUUUGCAUAUAA